AUGCCAGCAAGAACUCCAACAAAGAACGGCGAUGAGGCUGCCAGUGGGUUACCCGUACUCAUUUUCGUACAUGGCGAUUCGUUUGCUUACGGCACCGGCAACGCCUAUGACCUCAGCUUCCUCGCCAGCUAUGGCAGUCUUGUUGCGGUCACUCUGAACUACCGGCUCGGUCUGCUGGGUAAGAGCUUUACAGCUUCACUUGUCUUUCUGCAUUCUGGAGAAAGGAUGUUACAACUCCCUGGCUAA